AUGGUUUUUACUUUAAUUUUUCUUUCAGCCUCUUACAUAACGACCUCGCGGGGUACCACACUUCUCUACAUCAACGAGUACACUUUCUGCAAGAACGGUAACUCGCGCGCCAGUGGUAUUCGAUACACCUGCUCAUGCCGACUCAGCAAGGAAUGCAACGCUUAUGCUUAUGUCAAUAAAGAUGAAAUCAUAUAUAAAUCUUACUUGGAGCACAACCAUCCGCCGACAAAGUAUUUAAAAGUGAGCUCGGGGUAUUACGUUGCCUGUAAAUUUGUUUUUGCAGCGUCAUACAUAACGUUAACAAGAGGCACAAAACUGCUAAUGAUCAAUAACUUUUCAUACUCCCUCAGCGGGCCUAUCCGUGACGGGGGCGCCAGGUACACAUGCUCAAGCUACUUAAGUAGACGAUGCAAAGCAUUUGCACAUGUCAGUAAAGAUGACGUUAUUUUGAAGUUUAGUACAGAGCAUAACCACCCGCCCACCAAAUAUAUGAAAACAUCUUCCGGCCUUUACAUUAAAGUAGGGAAUUAAUCUGUUAAGUCAGGG